AUGUUUGAAUCGUUAAUAAUUUUAUUUAUAUUAAUUUUUAUUUUUCAUUUGUUUAUAUAUCACGAGUAUCAUUUACCUAAAUACGUUAAUUUAAUUAAUAAAAUACCCGGACCGGUAUCUCAUUCUUAUUUCGGUUCUUCAUUGAAAUUUUACCGGCUCAAACACGAAGAAAUACUUUACGAUUUAAUUGAAGGUUUUAAAAAAUGGGGACCGACUUACAGGUUGUGGUACAGUGGAGUCGCAGUAGUUUUUGUUUCGGAUUUGGAAGACGUUCAGACGAUUUUAUCGAGUCGCGAAGCAAACGCAAAAGGGAUGCUGUAUAGGAAUAUAUUGCCAUGGCUCGGUUGCGGAUUAUUGACGAGUUGCGGUGAAAAAUGGCAGAAGAUGAGAAAAAUAAUCACUCCGGCUUUUCACUUUACCGUACUUUGCGAUUACAUCGAAAUUUUUAAUAAAAAUACAAAAAUAAUGUUGGAUGUUUUAAAAAAAAAAAAGGAUGAUGACGAGGGAAAAAAAUGUGAUUUGUCGAAAUAUUUGACGCGAUGCACUUUGGAUAACAUUUGCGAAACUGCAAUGGGUACGUCAAUAAACGCAUUAAGGACCGGAAGUGAGAGCAAAUAUGUAAAAGCAAUAUUUAGAAUGGGACAGAUUGUCGUCGAAAGAAUGUUUUCACCCUUACAUUUCACAAACAUGAGUUUUAUGUUUAGCCUUAAAGGUUUAGAACAUUCUAGAUUGUUAAAAAUACUUCACGGAUUUACAUACGAGAUCAUAAAUGAAAAGAUGAUGAAUUUGAUAAAAGAAAAAAGUGGCGGUAGAGUUGAAAAGAAAACCGGAAACGUUUACAAAACGAAAUCAUCUUUUCUUGAUAUCUUAUUAGAAAAUCAAAAAAUUCAUUGUUUAUCAUUCGAAGACAUUCGACAGGAAGUGGAUACUUUUAUGUUUGAAGGACACGAUACGACUGCAGCAUCCCUAACUUGGACCCUAUUCGAAUUGGGUCAUCAUCCGGAAGUACAAGAACGUUGUUAUUCCGAAUUGAUAGAAAUAUUCGGUGAUUCGAACGAGUUGCCGAGUUAUAACGAUUUAAUGAAAAUGAAUUACCUGAAAAGAGUAAUACAAGAAACAUUGAGAUUGUAUCCGAGCGUUCCGGUAAUUUCUAGAAAAUUUAAAGUCGACAUGCAAUUAAAUGAUUAUCUCGUGCCGGCAAACACGGAAAUAAUAUUAAUUUUAUACGCGAUACAGAGAAACGAAAAAAUUUUUAAAAAUCCCGAUAAAUUCGAUCCCGAUCGAUUCCUUCAGGAAGAAAUUAUAAAAAGGCACGCGUUUGCAUACGUACCAUUCAGUGCCGGACAAAGGAAUUGUAUCGGUCAAAAAUUCGCCAUGUUGGAAGAACUUGUCGUGCUAUCGUCAAUAAUACGUAAUUUUAAAAUUGAAUCACUCAACGAUAGAAAUUCAAUUAGAGUCGUACCUGAAAUGAUAUUGAGACCUCAUCAAAAUUUAAAAUUUAAAUUGAUAAAAAGACAAUAA